AUGAAAUUACCCUCCGACAACAACAAACAAGUUGCAGGAGAUUCAUUAUCAAAUUUAAGAUUAAAACUAAGAAAACUUAGUGAAACUUUUUGGCUGACUCAAAAAUAUAAAAAGUUUUGGGGUUUGACGAAAACACAAGAAGUUUUUCAUUUAAUCCAUUUUGAGUAUAAUGAGGAAAAUGUCGAAGAACAUCAAUUAGAUCAUAAGUGCGAGUUCCAUGGAAUUUUUUCUUGCAAUCAUCAUUACAAUAGAAUUUUGCUGAACUUAGAAAAAUUUCGAGAAGAAUUUUCGUCAACGAAGACUAAAUUUGUAAAUUUAUUUUAUGGUGAAAAUCAUAGAAAAAAAUCUAAAUGUAAAAAAUUAAAUUUUAAUCUCCAUGUAAAAUCGUCGUUAUUAUUUAGGAUUUCUUCCAAAAAUUAUUGAAUUAAACACUACACCGACUUAAACACAAAAACAGAAAAAAAUUCAUAUCCGCAAUUGAAAAAUCAUUGAAAAAAAUAUUCAAAUAAUCCCGAUAAAAACAACAGCAACAUUUAACAGAAAUCGAAAUAAUUCUCAAAACCACCAAAUCAACAUCAGAGUAACAAACAGCAUUUUGUUUAUCAGGUGAGUCUGCACAAUAAGUCAAUAAUUUUCUAAUAA